AUGGGCUGCUGCGAAUGCAAACCAGAAUUUAAAGACCUCUACCAACUAAGUCCUAACAGCCAGCUAGUAGCGCUGGACUUCAAAUUCAAAGACACAGACACUUUCGACGAUAUAAGCAUUCUUUCCCACACUAACAGCAUUUUGACUAGCACAAUUCCCAACGAACCCUCUUCUACACGAAAAUCUCCCCCAGAAUCUCCGCGGCCUAGAUCAACCAGCUAUUCUGGUUUAAACAGAAAAAGUGACAUAGAGACUGCAUUUUUGUUCAGUGCACCAAUUCUUGCCCAACAGAGCCAGAAUGUUAUGGAGAGAAAAAAUGAAACUUCUCUGCCAAAAAAAGAUGAAAAAUCAAUUGAUUAUUGAAAAAGAAGAAGCUUUGCAGGGACUAUUGAUAAAAAUCAGCAAAAGGAGAUUAUAAAGGAAAUAGUUAAUCGAAGGUUUGGGAUACCAAAGAAAUUUGAUGAAAAUAAAAGAGGGUCAUAA